CCAUGGAGCUGCAGCACUUGAAUGACGCAGGUGUCCAGGUGAACACACUGGAUCUCUGUGUCACUGGCAGGAGACAGCUAAUCACGAUUAGCAAAGUAGAAAAUGAGAAGGCCCUCGCAGUGAUGAGCGGAAUUUGUUGCUUCGAGUUAUUUUACAACAUCAGUGAAAUAUUUACUGAAGCACGCCUCUCAGGAGCGGCUAGAAACUUCUGUAUUUCUAAUGAGGACGCUGUUCUCCUGUGUUUCAUGAAGCUGUACCAUGACACAUCAUUUAGCUUGCUGGCAGUACUUUUUGGAAUUCACAGAACGACAGCGGCAAAUAUAUUUAAGGAAGCUAUCAUGAUCUUGGCCGGUGUGCUCAAACAUGCAAUAUUUCUGCCAAGCAAAGAAGCUGUCACAGCAUGUAUGACCGUGUAUUUCAAAGAGUACCCGGACACAAGGAUGGUGCUUGAUUGCACUGAAAUACCGUGUGAAAGGCCGAAGGACCUGAAGUCCAGAAUUCUAACGUAUAGCCAUUACAAGCGCACGUACACGGCAAAAGUGCUGGUAAGCGAGACCCCUGGUGGCCUCAUCAGUUAUGUCAGUGCAGCAUAUGGUGGCAAGGCUUCGGACUCUUUUAUAACUAAAGAUACAGGACUACUUGAAACUUGUAUUCCAGCUGUUGAUGCAGUUAUGGUAGACAAGGGAUUUCUAAUUCAAGAACUCUGCAAAGAGAAAAAUAUCAAAAUGAUCAGGCCGCCAUUUCUGAAACAGCCUCAGCUGACUACAGAAGAAGCAGUCACGAACCAGGCAGUUGCAAGGGCCAGGGUCCAUGUAGAGCGGGCAAUCCAGCGCAUGAAGCUCUUCAAAAUUCUCCAAAACCGCCUGGAUCUGGACUUGUUGCCGUAUAUUGAUGCCAUCAUUACAGUUAUUGUGGGCACAACUAAUCUGUCAAAACCUAUAUUCAGUGAGAAACGGUUCCUCCGAAAUGAUGCAAAUGCUCUGUAGUGAUCUGUUGUACACCCAGUGGUCGUUGUUAAACUCCUUCCCCCUGCUGUUUCAUUACUGAG